GGGCUGGCGGGGAGCCGCCGUUGGGACUCUCCCCGUCCGCGCUCCCCGCUGAGAGGCGCCGGACACCGCGAGGCGAGAAGCAUGGGACGGCGGACGGCGCGGCGGGGCCCCCUUCUCUUUUAUGGCCAUAGCGACUCGCAGGGCAGGAGCGCGAAAAACCGGGCCUGCUUCCCGGGACGCAGAAACGCGGUGACGGUGGCUCCGAGGGGUAGAGCCGGGGCUCCCUCCGCAGCGCCGCGUUUUCGCCCGCGCGCUCCGCUCGCUCGCUGAACUGCUCGGAGGGUGCGAGGGGCGGGCGCCUCGCCAUGGGGCACGGCGCGAGUCGGGCUCCGCUGAACAGCAGCGAGCCCGCCCCGUUCCGCGCCGUCGCCCUGGGGGCGAGGAACGGGACCGCGGCGCAGAUGGCGUGGGGCGGCGGCAACGGCAGCGCGGCCGGGCCCUGGGGCGGCGCGGAGCGCGGCGGGGAGCCCGGAUACCGACACUUCGCCACCGCCGCGCAGCUCGUCAUCUUCGUGGGCUCCCUGCUGGGUAACAUCAUGGUGCUGUGGUCAACUUGCAGAACAUCAGUACUUAAAUCCGUAACAAACCGAUUCAUUAAGAAUUUGGCCUGCUCGGGUAUUUGUGCCAGCCUAGUUUGUGUGCCUUUUGACAUUGUUCUUAGUGCCAGUCCACACUGCUGCUGGUGGAUCUACACGAUGCUCUUCUGCAAAAUUGCCAAGUUUCUGCACAAAGUCUUCUGCUCAGUGACCAUUCUUAGUUUUCCAGCCAUUGCUCUUGACAGAUACUACUCUGUUUUAUACCCUCUGGAAAGAAAAAUAACUGAUGCAAAAUCCCGAGACCUGGUUAUCUACAUCUGGGCCCAUGCAAUAGUGGCCAGCAUUCCAGUAUUUGCUGUGACCAAUGUGUCUGAUAUUUAUGCCAUGUCCACCUGCUCUGAAUCCUGGAGUUACUCCCUUGGCCACUUGAUCUACGUUGUCAUCUAUAACAUCACCACUGUGAUUGUACCAGUGGCUGUGGUAUUUCUCUUCAUGAUUCUUAUUCGCAGGGCACUGAGUGCCAGCCAGAAGAAAAAAGUCAUCAUAGCUGCCUUAAGAACCCCUCAGAAUACAAUUUCAAUCCCUUACGCCUCCCAGCGAGAAGCUGAGCUUCAUGCCAUGCUGCUUUCUAUGGUUGUGAUAUUUAUUUUCUGCAGCAUCCCCUAUGUGACUCUGGUGAUUUACCGUACCAUACUCAAUGUUUCAGAUAUUUCAGUCUUUCUGCUUCUCACUGCCAUUUGGUUGCCCAAGGUCUCUUUGUUAGCCAAUCCUUUGUUAUUUUUAACUGUUAACAAAUCUGUACGAAAGUGCUUAGUGGGGAUGAUAGUACAGCUGCACCAGAGGUACAGCAGGAGAAACAUUGUCAGCUCAGGUGGUGUUGCAGAUGCUAAUCUGGAGCCCAGUGCCCGUUCAGGGAGCCAGCUUCUGGAGAUGUUUCAUAUUGGGCAGCAACAAAUCUUCAAGCCAACAGAAGACGAGGAGAAUGAAACCAAAUCUGUUGGCUCUAGUGACUUUCAGCAGAAAGAAAUUCCUGUCACCAGUUCAAAAGUAGGACAGACUUCGAUUCACAGAUUUAUACCACAGACGGUUGCAGACUCUGCAGCUCAGGUGGCACCAGCUGUGCCUGCAGAAACUGAUACGGGAAAUGACAAGUAUUCCAUGCAUUUUGGUUUUGGACCCUUUGAGCUGCCUCCUCAGUGGCUGUCAGAAAGUCGGAAUAGUAAGAAGCGACUCCUGCCUCCUUUGGGGAAUACCCCUGAAGAGCUAAUCCAGACAAAGCAGCCAAAGUGUAAAGCAGAAAGAAAAAUCAGCAGAAAUAAUAAAGUCAGUAUCUUUCCCAAGGUGGAUUCUUAGGAGGAAUAGGUGACUGACAAAGGUCACCUAAACUUAUAUGUGUGAUCCCAUGGAUCUUUGCUGUGCUGAAAUCUGUUACAGGCUGAUUUUUUUUUUUUGUGUGUGUGUCAAGUGUAAUUAAACAAACAAAAGGGAAAUAUGCAUACAGGUGUUCUUUAUUCAUAUGGUUUCGUGAAAGUAAUAUAUUGAAAGAUCACGAUUUUUGUUUUUAUUUGUGAAAUACCUAUGAUAAUACAUUCCUGAUGAGCUUUCAGAAAGUACAUGUGGCUUUGGGAACAGUUUUCUUAUGGCUGAAGUAUGGAAAUAUGGCAGUCAGUUUGCUGGGAACCUUCUUAUAUUAAGAUGGUCUGGAUAUUGAAGAAGCUUAAUAGGAAAAGCUAUAGGGAGCACGAGAGGAUACAAGAUGGAUAAGACCUAACCUCACAUUAGCAGACCCAGCAAGCUUCUUCUGCACGUUUUGUUAAAGAAGUGAGGAGGACCAUGAAGUAUAUCUAUUAAGCCAGUUUCUGAAAUCAGUGUUAAAAGUAAAACUUGCUGGACUCUUACACAGGUUAUUUAGCAAGUAUCUGCUAAACUACACCUUUUUAAAACUUAAAUCAAUAUUUUUUGUGUUCAAAAUUUCAGCGAAGCCAAGGAUACCAAAAUUGUCUUGUGUGUCACAAACCCGAGGAUGACGGAUUCAGAAAUAGCAUUUCUUUUUUAAAAAUCGUUCUUGUAGUUCUAAGUAGAAACUGUACUGGAGAAGCCUGACCCUAAUAAACAAGAAUGUAUAUGCCAGGGGCAUAAAUGUAACGUUUGAUCUUAUGAUAAAGGAUAUAUACAAAUGUCCCAACAGUAUUCUGUGAGUAUUGUGUACAUAAGCAAAGGGUUGCCCUUAAAAUUCACUCCUAUCUACUGGUUCACUGAGCUUUUUUUUUUGUGGGAAAGGUAGCAAAUGGAAGAAAACAGUUGGAGUUGCUUACAGACUUGUACUGAAUUGUUGAGUGUGGAAGCUGAUUAUGGACCCCAAAAGGCAAGGUUUGCUAAUGCUGUGGCUCAGUAUUGUUAGUGAGGUUUUCAUUUUACCUUCACCAACAUAAAUACCAGCUAUCGUAUUCCACUUGUCUCACAGACUCAAUCAACCCGUGUAUGAACAUGAGACUUCUGAAUCUGGUGCCUAAUUUCUGAUCAAGUCAAAGUCAGCCAUCCCUGGUCUCAGUGUACCAGCUGUGCUUUGAUAGCUCUCUGUUUGUAUCCUUCUGCAGCUCAUCCUCCCAAACUUGUCAUUUCCUCAGUACUGUGUGAAUUUCAAAUGUACCUGUCUAUUAAAUGACCAGGAAAUUAUUGUCACCCCAGCUGUAAUCCUUUGGUCAGUUGCAAGUUAGUUGUUCCUUCUUUUUUUAUUUGCAUUCACUGUUGACUCUGGGUGAGAAAAACUGGAAAACACAAGUGACACCCAGCACUCCUCGUGAUUCUCCUGUAGUGUAGCCCUUUGGUGUAUGCUGGAUCUUUACCUGUCAUUAUUGCCUGUUGGGAAAGUAUUUUUCUUUAAAGAAUGCUUUUUGAAGGGACAAGGUGAAUUGUUUUGCUGAGUUCACAGUAACUUGCCAAAUCCAAUUGAUUACUGUUAGAAGUGUGGGAAAAAUUGUGCUAAGGCAGAAUUUGUAGAUGUGCGUAUUCUUCCUUUGAGGAGUAGGAGCAAGUCAGCUGCUUCUACUAGCUUUGAGGUGAUGGAUUUCUAUAAGACACUCAAAGCAAAUGCUUCAAUUAAAAAAAAAAAAAAAAAAAAAAAAAAAAAGAAAA